AGUUUGCCAGCUGUAAACAGAGCCUGCAAUUAUUGCAUUUCUGUUUUUGUGUGUUGUUUAAAUUGAAUUUGUGUCUGCCAUGAGCAUUAAUUGGAUAAAAAUAACCGAACGUGCACGCGAAGGCAUCAAAAUCAUCAAUGCCCUGCCCUAUGAGACAUUCACCACAGUGCUGCUCUACGUGCAUCGCCAGAUGAGCCCGACGAGCAGUGCAACGGGUGCCGGGGGCGGUGCUGGAGGGGGCGGACUAUCGGGACUAUCGGGCAGCAUGACGACAACGGUGGGCACCAGCGUCACAACAACUGAGAGAUCCGGAAGUGGCACGGAAACAAGUCAGACGAGCAGUGAACCGGAAUAUACGCUGGAGGAGUUGGAGCGUUUGGUGGGCGUGCCACGUGCCGAUUUCUUGCUGUUGAUCAAAACAUUCUCGUACAUAUUGCGACGCAUCUCGACGUUCAUCAUUAAGCCAAGUCUCUUGCAGCGGGAAUUGCGCGAGAAGCUGCAGCUGCAAGAUGAGGCCAAAAUCGAUGCCAUUCUACGACUGUGGGUGCGACAAACGACGCCCAUGAUGAACAAUUUGGCCAGCGAGCGUUACGAAUCGAAUGUCAUUGAGGAUAUGGCCUGGAAGUUGAAUGUCGAGAUUGCCUCCCACUGCCAGCAGCGGGAGAAGACGGCCUUGGCGGUGCUCCAGCUGAAAACCGGAGCUGGCGAGGACAUUAACUUUGAGAUGACGCAGCCGGAGCUGCUGCAGCUGUUCAAUCAAUUCGAGCACAUACAAUCCGAGCUGGACGCAACGUUGGCCAAUAUGAAAGGCACCACCAACGAAAAGAUGUCGAAUUAGAGUUACGACUUGACUUGAAUUAAUUUACUCAUAUUUGUUGUGCCUAAUUGUUAGUGCAAGCUGUUUGUAAGAUAUGUAUAUUUAAUUGUUAUAAACCAAUCAUUUUUUAGCUAUAGUUAAAUUUGCAAUUCGAAACAUUCUUUAAAUGAGCCGCUGCUUUAAUCGAUAAUAUAAUCUGUAAAGCCUAUCGAUAUAUUAAAUCAACAGCGAUAACAGUCUGUGGAGGUCGGCAAAUAGCUCGAUCGUCAACUAUUCUGUUAUCGACAACAGUUGCUGGAGUGCGCCAAUAAAAACUUGAUUCAAAAAAA